UAUGGCGCAUUAUAUAGUGAGAGAGCAAAGAGAACAACAACCGAACUUCGUCGUCUGAGUUCCGUCGGCUAAGCGGGAGGAAAAGAUAAAAAUGUCUUCUGUUACCGCCAGUCAGGAAACCCCGAAGAAAGUCGACCUCGGACUUCUCGAGGAGGACGACGAAUUCGAGGAAUUCCCCGCCGAAGAAUGGACCGGAAAAUGUGACGCGGAAGAGGCAAAUGUUUGGGAAGAUAACUGGGACGACGACAACGUCGAGGACGACUUCUCAGACCAGCUUCGAAGAGAACUCAACAAAGCGGGCUUCCAGCCGCAGCAGACCCAAGAUGUUAAAAUGUAAAAAACAUGUGAAAAAGGAAAGAGCUGCGAUCUCACGCAGCUAAGAGAUGAAUAUUAAUGAGGGCAGAUUCUCUGCCUUGACGAGGAAUAAACGAAUCCUUGCCCGU